UGUUGACUAAAAUAAAAUCUAGGACAACAACAUUUACGGCUGGAAUCAAAUAUGACUACACAAUCAACGAAAAUCAUGUUUCAAAUCAUCAUUUAUACCUAACAAAACCCUGUCUGCCGUCUCCCGCCGUCAACUGUCAUCGGAAUAAUGCUAAACAGGUCAUCCCCUCCGAUUUAAUCUCUAUAUUUCUAAACUCAAAAAAGAAAUGGCAAAGUGUUUCAGUUUCACAGCAUCAAGAGACCGGUGUUUCCGGUACUCCUUCAGCCGCACCGGUCUCAAAUCAACCACCAUCACCCUCCACGACGGCGCCACCGUCAUCCACUUCUGGAUCCCCAAAACCCCAAAACCCAACAAACCCAAUCUCCUCCUCAUCCAUGGCUUUGGCGCCAACGCAAUGUGGCAAUACAACGACUUCAUCUCUCCACUCGUUUCCAAAUUCAACGUCUACAUCCCGGACCUUUUAUUCUUCGGCGAAUCCCACACGACCCGACCCGAACGAACUGAACACUUUCAGGCGGAGUGUCUUAUCUCAGCCAUGGAAGUCGUUGGUGUUAUUGGGAAGAUUCACGUGAUGGGGCUGAGCUACGGUGGGUUUGUGGGGUAUAGUAUGGCGGCGAAGUUCCCGGAGAAAGUGCAGAAGGUGGUGAUCGCUUGUUCUGGUGUUUGUGUCGAGGAAAGUGACAUGGAUAAAGGGUUGCUUAGUGUGAAGAGUAUUGAUGAUGCUACAAGUAUUUUGUUGGCUCAGACGCCGGAAAAGUUGAGGGAGUUGAUGAAGGUGGCGUUCUUUAAACCUCCGGUGAAUGUCCCUUCUUGCUUUUUAUCUGAUUUUAUUGAUGUCAUGAACACAGAGUAUGUUCAAGAACGUAAAGAAUUGAUUGAAGCGUUAUAUAAAGGUCGAAAAGUGUCUAAUCUUCCAAAGAUCACUCAGCAUACGUUGAUCAUAUGGGGAGAGCACGAUAAAAUAUUCCCAAUUGAAUUAGGUCACAGGCUAAAACAACAUUUAGGAGAAAACGCGGAUUUUAUAAUCUUGAAGAACGCCGGACAUGCAAUCAAUGCCGAGAAACCAAAAGAACUCUACAAAAACAUGAAAUCAUUCUUCACUGUUCCCAUUACACAAAGCACACAGUAG